AUGAUUACGCUUACCUACGCUGCUAUCACCGGGCUUCUGGUCUUGGUCUACUUUGUGAUAUGGCCCGUCUUUGAAUACUUCCGGGACCCCAAGGGUCUCCGGAGGUACCCUAAUAUGUCCAUUUUUUCUGGGAUCUCGGCCAUUCCCUUCAUGUUGAUGGCCUCGCGCAAGUUCCGAUCAAAGGAGCUCCAGGAACUCCACAAGAAACACCCUGUGCUUCGUACAGGCCCAAAUUCCCUCUCCUAUGGUGAUGUCCGUGCCAUCAAGGACAUCUACGGACACAAUACACGCUGUGGCAAAGACCCGUCAUACAUCGUCUCAGCCGGGUCACAUUAUCACCUUGCCGACGUUAUUGACCGCGCCGACCACUCCCGCAAGCGCAAGGUCCUCUCUUCUGCAUACGCUCUCAAGAACCUCGAGACAUGGGAACACAAGGUCAGUGACAAGAUCGCCCGCCUGGUCAAGCACUUUGACAGUGUCUGCACCGCGCCUCUCCCUGCCGGCCAGGAAGAGCCCGACCCCGCCGACCUGACGGUCGACUUCCGGGCAUGGACCAACUUCUUCAGUCUCGACGCGAUUGUCGACAUUGGGCUGAGCGAGAAACUCGGCUUCCUAGAUCAGGGACACGAUAUGUGCACGGCCGAACGCAAAGAUGGCACGACCUACCGCGCCUCCCUCCGCGACGCCCUGUACCCUAACGCCCGCAAACAAUCUCUCCUCCUCUGGAACUACGACUGGUACCCGAUCAUCAAUCGCUGGGUGAACAUCAUUCCUUACUUCGCCAAGAUGCAGAAAUCCAGUGACACUUGGGAAGACAUCGUCUGGCAUCAUGCCAUGCAGCGCCGACGGCGCUACGAGGCCGGCGAAAAGCUGGAGGACUUCUUCUCCGCCCUGAUGGAGGAUAAAGCGGGACACCCUCUAGGCCUUGAAUGGGGCGAGGUCUGCGCCGAAAUCAACAUCAUGAUGAACGCCGGCUCUGUGACUACCGCCAUCGCCAUCACCAACGUAAUGUAUCAGCUCCUCCGCAACCCGCAGUGCCUCGCCACCCUCCGCGAAGAAAUCGAUUCGGUCUACGAUUCGGAAGACGAGGUGGUGGCCUCCUACGAUAAGGUCAAGCACCUCCCGUAUCUCCGGGCCUGCCUUGACGAAUCUCUCCGCAUUUUCCCACCCACGUCCCACGGCCUCCCGCGCGAGACACCCCCUGAGGGAAUGGAGAUCCUAGGCCAGUGGGUGCCGGGCAAAACAUCCGUCAGCAUGUCCGCGUACGUCGCCCACCGGGACGAAACUGUCUUUCCAGAAGCAUACCUGUACAAGCCUGAGCGGUGGUUGGGCGAGGAAGGCAAGGCGCUGCAACCGUAUUUCGUUGCGUUCAGCGCGGGCGCGAGGUCCUGCAUUGGGAGGAAUAUCUCGUACCUAGAACAGACGGUUAUCCUUGCGACGCUGGUAAGGAGGUAUGAGUUUGCGUUGCCGAGUAAAGACUGGGAAUUGCAGAGGGAGGAGACAAUGAAUCUGAUCCUGGGAGGGAUGCCGGUGAAAGUUUGGCGGAGGCAAUUGGAUGGGGAUGCCUAG